GGCCCGUCCAACCUGUUCCAUUUCUCGUUGGAGGAAGAGAAAGGAGAGAAUCGGGUUACAAGAUGGCGGCGGUGUGAUCGAAGAGCAGGACGGAGGAGGCUGGGGAAGGAGUUCGCCGAGGAAUCGCCCACACUGAUACCGGCAGCCAUGAUCGGCGGCGGAGGGAGCCGGGAAUAGAGCCGAGCCGGGGGGAGGAGGAGGAGUGCGCCAUCAUGUCCGACACCAGGCGGAGGGUGAAGGUCUACACUCUGAACGAGGACCGACAAUGGGACGACCGGGGCACCGGACACGUCUCCUCCACCUACGUAGACAGGCUGAAGGGGAUGUCCCUGCUGGUCCGGGCUGAGUCUGACGGUUCGUUGCUUUUAGAAUCAAAGAUAAAUCCGAAUACCGCAUAUCAGAAGCAGCAGGAUACGCUGAUUGUUUGGUCUGAAGCAGAAAAUUAUGAUUUGGCUCUCAGCUUUCAAGAAAAGGCUGGUUGUGAUGAAAUCUGGGAAAAGAUAUGCCAGGUUCAAGGGAAAGACCCUUCUGUGGAAGUCACACAAGACCCCAUUGACGAGUCCGAAGAGGAACGCUUUGAGGAGAUGCCUGAAACGAGCAGCUUGAUUGAUCUUCCUGAUUGUGAACUCGGUAAACUUGAAGAGAUUGCUGACCUUGUUACCUCAGUCCUGUCAUCGCCUAUCCGUAGGGAAAAGCUAGCCCUAGCCUUGGAGAACGAGGGCUACAUCAAAAAGCUCUUGCAACUUUUCCAAACCUGUGAAAACUUGGAUAACGCAGAAGGAUUGCACCAUUUAUAUGAGAUUAUUCGGGGAAUAUUAUUUCUCAACAAAGCGACUCUGUUUGAGGUGAUGUUUUCGGACGAGUGCAUAAUGGAUGUUGUGGGGUGCCUGGAGUACGACCCAGCCUUGGCUCAGCCAAAAAGACAUCGAGAGUUUUUGACUAAAACUGCAAAGUUUAAAGAAGUAAUCCCCAUAACGGACUCUGAACUUAGGCAAAAGAUCCACCAAACGUACAGGGUACAGUACAUUCAAGAUGUUAUCUUGCCCACGCCAUCUGUAUUUGAAGACAAUUUUCUGUCUACACUCACGUCUUUCAUUUUCUUCAACAAAGUGGAGAUUGUCAGCAUGUUGCAGGAAGAUGAAAAGUUUUUGUCAGAAGUCUUUGCACAGUUGACUGAUGAAGCCACCGAUGAUGACAAACGGCGUGAGUUGGUCAACUUCUUCAAGGAGUUCUGUGCGUUUUCGCAGACGUUGCAGCCUCAAAAUAGAGAUGCUUUCUUCAAAACAUUGGCCAACCUAGGAAUACUUCCCGCUUUAGAAAUUGUCAUGGGUAUGGACGAUUUACAGGUUAGAGCGGCCGCUACAGAUAUAUUUUCUUAUCUGGUAGAAUUUAGCCCUUCCAUGGUUCGGGAGUUUGUAAUGCAAGAAGCCCAGCAGAGUGACGAUGACAUUCUUUUAAUUAACGUUGUAAUAGAGCAAAUGAUUUGUGAUACGGACCCAGAGCUUGGAGGAGCUGUUCAAUUGAUGGGACUCCUGCGGACCUUGAUAGAUCCAGAAAACAUGUUAGCGACAGCUAAUAAAACUGAGAAGAGCGAGUUCUUAAAUUUCUUCUACAACCAUUGUAUGCAAGUCCUCACUGCACCCCUCCUAGCAAAUACAUCGGAGGAUGAGCCAGACAAGGGAGAUACUGCUGUCACAUCGAAGGGUAGCACGAUUUGUCCAGAUAAUUAUCAGACAGCCCAGCUGCUUGCAUUAAUUUUGGAGUUGCUGACAUUUUGUGUAGAGCACCAUACUUACCACAUCAAAAACUACAUCAUGAACAAGGAUCUGCUCAGAAGAGUGUUAAUACUGAUGAACUCUAAACAUACGUUUUUAGCCCUCUGCGCCUUACGUUUCAUGAGGAGGAUAAUUGGUUUGAAAGAUGAAUUCUACAACCGCUACAUCAUAAAGGGAAACCUUUUUGAGCCAGUUAUUAAUGCACUUCUGGACAAUGGUACUAGAUAUAACCUGUUGAACUCUGCUAUAAUAGAACUAUUCGAGUUUGUCAGAGUGGAAGAUAUAAAGUCUCUGACAGCACAUAUAGUUGAAAAUUUCUACAAGGCUCUUGAGCCUAUUGAAUAUGUUCAAACCUUCAAGGGGCUGAAAACAAAGUAUGAACAAGAAAAAGAUAGACAAACUCAGAAACUAAACAGUGUACCAUCUAUAUUGCGCAGCAACAGAUUUCGCAGGGAUGCCAGAGCGCUGGAUGAAGAUGAAGAGUUAUGGUUCAAUGAAGAGGAGGAUGAAGAGGGUGAAGCUGUUGUACCACCUGUUGAAAAGUCUAAAGCAGAGGAUGACUUUCCUGACAGUUAUGAGAAAUUCAUGGAAACAAAAAAAGCUAAAGAAAGUGAAGACAAGGAAAAUCUUCUAAAAAGGACUUCAGUAGGAGGUUUUAAGUUCACUUUUUUCUCACUCGGGCAGUUCGCUAAUGGAGCAAAUACUGCGAAUAGUAAAUCGGUGGCAGCUCAGACACCAGCAGGGUCUAAUGGCUCAUCUUCCAAAAACAUCAGCUUAACUACCACCGUAGCAUCUGCCAAGGGAAGUCUCGUUGUUGUGGAUUAUCCUGAUGAUGAAAGAGGAAGAGGAGGAGGAAGACACUCCCCAAGAAAGAGACCACGGCUUGGAUCUUAAACUGAUGCUCAUCAACAUUAGUUGUGGAUUAAAUGGCAACUGAUGUCUGAGUGAUUAGUGCGAGUCAGGACAAUUUCCCUUGAACAAUAUGGAAGUAGCCAAACUCCGCUAGAAGGUUGUCGAAGCCAAGCUUUCCUGGGAGCCCUUCCAGCGAAUCCUUGUAGGGUUAAAAGGGGUUUAAAUGAUGGGUUAGCAACGACAACCGAGAUGAUUGCUUUAGUGCAACUCCAGCAUCUUGCGUCUGGGAUGGGGAAGGAAUGGAUCAUUUAGAAGGACAUCUAUUUUAACAUUGCAGGGUUACCCUAAAAUGUAUGUCAACUAGAUGAAAUAAAAGCGGAGCGCUUUCAGUUGCAUACUGGUAAUCUUAGUUUUUUAAUGGUGCUGGCCAUGGUGUUUUAUCAGUUGCCUAUUUUAUAUUAAAAUAUAUAUGUAUAAAAAAAAAAAAAAACCUAAGGGAAGGAAAUCUAUCACUGAAGGCAAAAGAAAAAACACAAUGGAAGUAUAACCUCGGGACCAUUCUUUGUAAAUUCAAUUCCCCUGGAGUGGUAGGGAUGGGAGGGGGAUGACGCAUUGUAGUGCAUGUUAAGUUUUUAAAGAGAACGAAGAAUCUUUUCAGUGUGUAUUUUAUUAAAAAAAAAAAAUCUAAAGAACAGACAGAUGUAAUAAGUAGCCCGUCCUGCAUAACAGCACUUCCACUAAUACAGAUGCAAGGAUCAGUAGCUUCCGAAUUCUAGUCUGGAAACUGCCGUCGGCCACCUUACCAGUGCCUCAAUCUCUUGCAGUGUUACGUUUUAUGUUACAUGAACAAUGUGUAUUUUGUUGUGUUCCCUUGGUUUGAGAACACCAUAGCCGUUUUAUUUUUCUUUUUGUUCAUGCUAUACAUUUUAGGACUGAAUUCACCAUGGCUGUGAAAAACUAACCAAAGGGUUAACACCGCAAGCAGAGAGUUACCAGCAGCCAUUUUGUUCAGUAACAUUGAGACUAAUAAUGCAGGCCCACAGUAUCUUCAGCAAAAGGUGUAAUACAGCUGCUUUUAAUCCGGUCAUUUUAUACAUAGGAAUCCACAGGUCACAUUCCAUGGAUCUAAAUGGAUAACCAUAAAUUAACAAUGGCUUUGUAGUUAAACUUUAAACUUUUUUUUCAUUUCUCUUUUUUUUUUUUUUAACCCGAAUUGUAAAUAAUUUAAUAUCCACCCGUAUAUGAUCUGAGAUCAUGCUGAAGAGCUUAUUCCCUCUAUCAUUUAAGACAUACCCGGACAGCUCGGAACCUUACUCGUCCCCUUGUCACGUCAACAAAUUUGUUUCUCUUGAAAUAGUUGAAGCAGGUUUCCUAAUUUUGGAGAUUUUGUAGUUUUAAUUAUAAUUUUAGUUAUUGGUUGGAAAGAUGGGCUGUCUGUGUAGAUAUGAAGUAUAGUUCUUUUUUCCAUAAGAAAACAGAAGUUUAUUUUGUAUUAAAUACCACUGUACUUGUUCUACACCAUUUGUAUACAUUGUGGUGAUAUUAAUGCUGACCUGUAAAAUUCAGAAUUAAAAUGUGACCCUGUAAUUCAAAA